CGGCUCGGGUUUCGAUAGCUUUUUGGUAGUCGUCAUCCUUAAGAUUGCGCGGGACGCCCCGUUCACUUCCCUGACGGCCUCCUCGCGGACGGCGAUGGUGGUGGGGGAAGAGAAAGCGGUACGCUCACAGCUCACUGUUAAUAUGGAUAUGCUUUUCGAUCGAAGAAGCCACUGCGAAAGCAUUUCCAGUACGUUUCUUGUUAUGAAGAUGUCUACAAAAAGAUGGAUAGUAACUUACACGAAGCAUAUGAAACAGAAAAGAAAGAUUUAUCAAGAUGGGGCACUGGAGCUUUGUAGUUCAGGUUGCAAGCCUCAGAUUAUAUUGUAUGAUGAUUGCGAGAAGAUCAUAGAUAGAAGAUUUUUAAAAAACAGUGAGAUAGUUAAAUCAGGUGCAACGUUGUCCUUUGAAACUCAUAUUGUGGACAUUGGAGAUCCUGAUGGAAGCCAAAAGCCUCCAACAGAGUCAAAUGUGAAGUUGGUCAUACAAUCAGAGGCACAAAAAAAGCUAUGUGUAGAAUGGAACGCCUUAUACACAAUGCAUGUGACUCAAAAAGCAAAGAAAUUUCAUGAUGGUAUCUUGCGAGCGCUCAUUUGCGGCCCCCAUUUGAACCUGGUUACAUUGUUGAAUGAAGAUGGGGCCAUACUGAGCAGCAAGUAUUUUAAAUCUCUUGCAUGCUUGGAGACCGGGAAAAACUGUGAAUUUCCCAACUACCUUGUUGAGAUUUGUGAAAGACGGGCUUCUGUAGUUGGACAAGGAAAACAUGUUAUUGGAAGUCAUGCAAUAGAAUUCGAGGGCCAUAACGAUGUUGGCUCCUUAUGUCAAGAUCUUCCGAUGAAGGAUUCUUUGAGUCAAGUUUUACCUUCGAAACCUGAAAGAUGUGGCAAACUGGUUACUUCUAUUAAACGUCGCAAGAUUCCAAUCUGCAAUGUUCCCAAGAAGGAAACUUCUCGUUUGAGAACCACAGAUGCUAGGGCAUCUGCUGCUCCAAGCAAGGAGCAUUUAAAGAAAGUCACAAAUGAUUGCAAAUCCGAAGGUGAUAGCUUUAGCUAUUUUAGCACUGCAACGUUACGCGAUGCCUGGCAGAUAUUAUCAGUUCUUAAGAAGCCAAAUCAAGGAAGCACUGUUUUAUCAGUUCCAUUAGUGGAUCAGGAUUGUACCUCGCAAUCUUCCAGUAGACGCCAACUUGAUUUGCAGACUGCACUUGAUAUUUCACCGACAAAAUUCAACAUAAACAGUAUUGGAGGACACACCAGCUCAACAACUGAGGUUUUGGAGGUUUCUGGUGAUCCUAAGCUACCUGGAUCCAGUCGAACUAAUAAACCAGAUAAGCCCACCUCUGAUUUUGGAUUCUCCCCAGAAGUGAAACAAAUUGUUCCUCCGCAAAAUUCCCUGGGAGCUUUAAAUGGAGAACAUCACAUUUCUUCUUCUACUGGCAGUCUUUUGAAGGACAAAUUGGAUGCUAAUGAAAGUAGUAGUUUGCAUGGAAUGAAAUCAGGCAUAUCAAGCUAUUCUGCUUCCGACCAGCUUUAUGCUGAAGUCUCACAUACAGGUGAAAGAAAUGAGUCCGUGUCCCUCGCUGUAGUUGCAUCAACCGAGCAUGCAACUUCAGAUGCCACAAAGAAUCAUGUGAUCCCAAACUCUCUGGAGGAUUUUCCUACUUUUGAUCUUGUGUUAUAAAGAUCUAAUUGUGAAAUCCAUAAGGAUUUUUAAAGCAUUUUGUGUACAAGAUUCGUUAUGAAUAGACAAGGUUUUGCGGGGAAAGCAGAAUCAAGGUAAAAUUUUAUGAACUCUUCUUAUGUAGUAGUAUCUUACCACUACUUUCUUAGGGGCAUUUACAUCAUGCCACACA